UAAAUAAGGAGUUGUAGAUUUAUGAAUAACAGAGGGCAGGGCUUCUUUCUUCGUUUCAGUUUCACUUUUCACACUCCUCAUUCCUCACGAUGUUGGAUCAGGCUGCAGCGGAGAUAGCGAGGAGAGAAGAAUUCCUGAUAGAGGCAAAUUUUUUCAGGAGAAAUGCUUUGUUGAUUAUCCAGGAAAUGGACAGUCUAAGUCAAGGGUGUCAUUCAGUGUUAGUUGAUGAGGUUCUUCACAGCAUUUUGUUUUUGGGACACAUCAACGAGCCACAGUUUACCCCAGAAGACAUUUUGUAUAACGAGUUGAACGAGUACAAGGGCCGUUACCCUAGACCCUUUCAAUGCUAUUCCACUCAACUUCCGAAGCGGGCUCCAGUUUCCUGUGUGCUAGAAAUGAUUGUCAGCAUGACUGGACAAGAGGAGGUCAAGGAAAUAUUUGAGAGGCUGCUGCAGCUCAUCAAUAGGCUGAAGGAGGGUGAAACAAAACAUCUGGUCUCCAACACCAUCUGUGUCUCUCAGCCCAACGAAAGCCCAGAAACGGCCAGGUAUUACGGAGUGUCUAUGUCCACUUCUGGUCGAGAUUCUGGCCGAAUCAUGGUUAAUGCUUCCUGUCUAUCUAGAUACUGGGAUAGUUAUGUAGCCGGUGCAGUGAUGACCUACAAUCCAAACAAGCAGAAGAAGACAUAUUUUGAUGGAACCAUCAAACUUCCAAAUGAGGUUAAGUGCCAGGCAUUUAGCUUCAGUCAAGAAAUGACAGAAAUGCCUCCUUGCAAAUCAUGUAGUAAUUUGUUUGGUUUGACAACAAGUUCAGCAAGAGUUUGGCCCUAUGGCAACUGUGCUGAACCUGAAAGUUUAAGCAACUUGCUUAAAAAUGAGAAAGAAGUGAAAGAAAAAUCUGAAACAUGCACUGAUCAGAACAGGAGGAGAGCUGAAGACAGUGUCUGGAAAGAGACUGAAAGAAUGCUGCGCGAAAAAUUGAGUGACAGAUGUGAGUACGGUAGACAAUUCUACACCCCGCAAGUUUGAUCUUGAAAAGGGAAUGCACAAAUAUUAAAAACAAUACAAUUCUUGGUCCUUUAUUUUAAAGUGACCACACUGAUCUCAGUCAAGAUACAAAUGAAUUCAUGGCAAAAGUUGUAAGCCAAAUGUGUAACUGUUUGAAUGAAGCGUGCAGAAGAUAAAAAAGUUGAUGUAUUGAUCAUGUUAUUCACAAUAAAAUGAUGGUGAUUAAAA